AGACGUUUCUGACCUUUGCCCUUCCUCCUGCAGAUGUUCCUCUCCAUUGCCUUCGCUGCGGUGGGUGUGGCCGGCGCUCUGUACAGCUUCAUCGUGGCGGUGGUCGGUCUGCAGAAUGGACCUCUCUGCAAAGUCAUUCUGAUCUGGUCGACACCUUUCAAAGACGGUGACCGAAGUUACCUGACUGACAGCACGUGGUGGGGCGUGUGCACCGAGCCUAAGGACAUCGUGCAGUUCAACAUCGGGCUGUUCGCCACCCUGCUGGCCACCAGCGGCCUGCAGCUGAUCCUCUGCGCCAUCCAGAUGAUCAACGGGCUGUUCGGCUGCCUCUGUGGCACCUGUGGAGACAAAGGGGUAAAAACAGAAGCAUAACAAAAACAAUAGCAGGGUUUUAUGUGUUGUGAGGGCAUCCUGAUGGCU